UCGCUGCCCUCCGUAUUCCGUGCCCCACGGAUAACAUGUUCUGUGAUUUGUCAACCCCAGGAGUCACAAGGAUAAUAAAAUCAAAGAAAAGCUUUUCACCAAGAAAGUGGAGAUGGGUCAUCUUAUCUCUAUCCGGAUGGACAAAGAAAUACUAAUAGCACUAGGAAGUAUUAGUAACUUCAAGAAAAUGAUAAAUCUCCAAGUUUUACUUAUCGUGUUAGUAUUGAUCAGUAGUUUAUCUGCAGCCAUACCACUCAGCUUGGGUUUUCAGCCUGCAACUUUUAGUGAUAAUUGUUGUUUGAACCCAUUUUUAGCUGAUAAAAAUGCAUCCCUGAAAGACUGUGUAAUAGGGUUGGCCAAUGAACCGGAGAUGGUGGAGUGGAUGAGGAAGAUAAGGAGGGAAAUUCACAAGAACCCGGAACUUGCUUAUGAAGAAUUAGCUACCAGUUCUCUGGUCAGGCGUGAGCUUGAGGAAAUGGGAAUCAAGUACCGGUGGCCGGUGGCGAAGACCGGCGUAGUAGCUGCUGUUGGAAGCGGCUCUCCACCAUUUGUUGCUCUCAGGGCUGAUAUGGAUGCUCUGCCCAUUCAGGAAUUAGCAGAUCUGGAACAUAAGAGCCAAGUAGAUGGUAAAAUGCAUGCUUGUGGACAUGAUGCACAUACUUCAAUGCUUCUUGGUGCUGCAAGGAUACUAAAAGAACUCGAAAGCAGCUUACAGGGCACUGUUAUUCUCAUAUUUCAACCGGCUGAGGAACGAGGUGAAGGAGCGAAGGACAUGAUAAAAGAAGGGGUACUUAAAGAUGUCGAUGCAAUUUUUGGUGUGCACAUCAUCCACAAAUUUCCCAUUGGUGUUGCUGCGUCAAGGCCAGGACAGUUUCUGGCCGGCUGUGGGAGCUUUAAAGCAAUAAUAAAAGGAAAGGGUGGUCAUGCUGCUGCACCCCAAGAAUCGAUCGAUCCCAUUUUGGCAGCUGCAACAUCUAUCAUCAGCUUGCAGCAUAUCAUAUCAAGGGAGACUGAUCCAUUGGAUUCACAGGUGGUUUCAGUAUCAAUAGUCCAAGCAGGGACCUCUUACAACGUUAUUCCAGAAUCAGCUACUAUAGCUGGCACUUACAGGGCAUUUGGUUGGAAGGGCUUCCGUGAUCUAAGAGAGAGACUAGAAGAGGUUAUAAAAGCGCAGGCAGCUGUACAUAGGUGUUCAGUCAAGAUUGACUUUGACGGGAAAGAGCAUCCAACGUUACCUCCAACAGUAAAUGAUGAGAGAAUCUACGAACAUGCUCGACAAGUUUCAAAUUUGAUUGUUGGGGAGGAGAACACAAAAGUAGCAACUAUCUUCACAGGGAGUGAAGAUUUUGCAUCAUACUUGGAAAAGAUACCCGGGUCUUUCCUCCUGCUUGGAAUAAGAAAUGAGAAGAUUGGAGCUAUUUAUCCUCCACAUAGUCCAUACUACACCAUUGAUGAGGACGUACUUCCCAUUGGGGCAGCAUUACAUACUACAUUUGCCUAUUCAUACCUUCGAAAUUUGUCAAUGUGCUCUAGUUCAUAGGGAGACAGAACUUUGAAGUUGGAAUUCUUCAUUAUUGCUUAGUACAUACAGACGUUCAAACAUGGAUCAUAUAGUCACUUGACUUCUUGACGAAGUCCCUGAUUGACUGUUUUUCCCUGGUGAAAAAAAUGCAGGGAGUGUAUGGUGUAUAAGAUUUAUCUUCGAUUAAACGGUGAGUUGUUUAAGAUUUUUCGUUA